AGGGAAUCAAAAGAAAUGUAGUCCGCCCAACAGUUCCAGCAUGAAUUCUAUAGACAAUAGAAAAAGCAAGUUUAUAGGUGGGGUGAGGAACGCGGACCGAACACUCCUGGUGACCGGCACUGGAAAUGUGCAAGGUAGCAGGAGGCAAUCAGUUUCAGUGGUGGAUCAGACAGUGACCCAGCCCGCUGUAAGAGGAGUUAUAAACGGAGCCAUGGCUAGAAGCAAGGAGCUGAGGAGACAGGCCAGGAGAGCAGCUCUGCAAGAUGCUGUUGAUAAUCUCAAGUCAAAGUCGGGGCGAGGGGAGAACCUUACGUUGGAGGAGAUCAUCCCCGCUGAUGCCAGACACAGGAGUCACAGUCGAGGUUCGAUAGACACAGACGAGUACAGGGACGAUUAUGACGAUGAAUCUACCGACAAAAGCGGGUCCGGGUUCAUGAACACAUUCCGGACAGCAGUACAGAGAGCGUACGAUGCAGUGGGGGACCCGGAGAAGGAGGGAGUUAACCAGGAUGACAUCACAGAUAUCUUAUCCAAACUAGGAUACUCCUCAGAAGAUCGGGAAACUCAGAAUAUCCUCUCACAGGCCGCUGUCAUGACAACCAACAACCAGAACAUGAAGUUCCAGGAGGUGUUUAAGUUAGUGGUGGGAAGGAACGAGGAGGAGACGUUGGCGGAUAUCACUAAUGCGUUUGAGAUAUUUGAUAGGGACGAUGAUGGGAAAUUGCAGACUAAAGACCUUCACAGGGCAUUAACAAGAAUAGGAGACGACCCUUUAACAGAGGAGGAGUUCGCAGAGAUAUUAUCCCUAGCAGAGCUGGACCCUGACUUCGAGGCCUUCUUCGACUACAAAGACCUAACCAAUCACAAACUAGCCCUCAGCUACGCCAGCAAGACCGCUAAAAAACACCCGAAAUUCUGGUCUAAAUCUGAAAAUACUGAUGUGGGCAAAAAGCCAGCCAAACGGGGAGGACUUCUUUCCAAGUGGAACAUGGUUCCCCCAGACCUAGUUCAGCGGCUCAAUAUGAGCAAAAACAAAUAGCACAACCCUUUACUUCGUCACCAAGCCGAAUACUCAUCACUCCACCAAUCAGAAAGUUUCGGGGAUAGCGAAUUGUAGCCUUAUAUAUCAUCAAAGAGACAAAGCUUUUUUUUUCGUUAUCCAGCAUUUUUGGAAUCGCAAUAUCAUUCAUGAAAAUUUGCUGGUUCUUUACUGAUAAUGAUAGUUGAAAUUCGAUAUCUAGCGCUAUCGAGCGCCAUAUAGCGCUAUUUCAUAUUUGACACUAUAUUUGACGAUAGCAUUUUGGGAAUAGCAAUAUCAUUCAUGAAAAUAUGCUCUGUUGACUAUUUUCAUGCUGUGUUCUUUUGUAUCUACAUACUGCAUUUAAUCAAGACGUAUUAGACUUAGAGAAGCCUGAUACCGAUUUUGUAAGUUGAUUUUUCCAGCCACAGACUUGGCAAGAACAUUGCAGUUUCAACUUUUAAAAAGUAUAAUGAGAAAAUGAUCUGCAAGUGGCCGGUCUGUAAUCUUACUUUGUUUAAACUUGAACAAUGAUUUGUUCAAUGUUCAUCAUAUUCGAAUUUAAUUACUAAUA